AUGGCAUCACCCAAUCCAAAAGUCCGCGGCCCAGGCCUGCUGUAUGUUACGUCUAGGAUCGACCGCACUGACCUCCUGGACGAAAAGACAUACUUCAAAUGGUACGACGACGACCACAUCGAUGAAAUAGUUCAAACCUCGGGCAUGAAGUCAGCUUUCCGAUACCGCGACGCCAACUUCGACGAGAAGAACAAGAAUAAAGAGAAAGUCUAUCUUGCCUUCUAUCCGAUGCAGGAUCUGGCGUUUACCCAAGGAGAUGAGUUUCGAAACAUUCGUGUAAAGAGCGAUAUGUUACCUGGCAGCGGGAUCAUCUAUGACCUGGCGGAUCUUGAUGUGCGGUAUUUGGGGUUGGUGCAUAAGACGGAGCCAAAGCAGAAGAGGGACCAUGCGGCGCCUUGUCUUGUGGUGUUUGGGGUUGAGCCGGGCGAUGGUACGUCAGAGAAGGAUGUUGAGAAGUGGUUCAAGGAGGAGCACAUACCAGCAGCGUCGAAAGUCAAAGGCCACAAUCGGUCAACCCUGUACCACUUGCAAUAUGCUCGCACGAACGCGCAGUCGAGGGCGCUGAAGGGCCUACCCACUUCUGACGCCCCGGCUCCGGCACCGCCAACAUGGCUGGCAGUGCAUGAACUCGACGACGUGGUUGAUAUGCUCUCUGAGCUGGAGAGUACACCGGGCGCGAAACGGAUUCUUGGUGAAGCAAAGCAGGUGGAAAGGGUGGUGUAUAAGCUGGCGCGAGCGCUGGGGUCGGAGGAGUUUUUCGAUUGA